GUUCAAACUCAACAGCUCUGCUGCUGUUUAGUCCCGCCCCCGGAAACGGAACCCUGGCAGCGAGCGCGGGAUUUAAUUCAUUUCAGAAGCAGCUCGCGCUCAGAAAUCCGCGCGGACAGCGGACUGUAAACAACAACGCUAAAGAAAGAAAGAAAGAAAGGAAGAAAGAGACAGACAGACAGACAGGUUUAAACAUGGCGACUCCACCGAAGAGAUCGUGCCGUGUUCCCGCCAGUCCCUCCGGCAGCGUCUCGCGCAGAGAGAAGAAGAUCUCCAUCGAGGGAAACAUCGCUGCAGGAAAGUCUACCUUUGUGCGUCUCCUUGAGGCAGCGUCUGAGGACUGGGAGGUGAUCCCUGAACCCAUCGGGAAAUGGUGCAAUGUCCAGAACGACAGCGGCGACAUUUACCAGGAGCUGAGUUCGUCCCAGAAGAGCGGAGGAAACCUGCUGCAGAUGUUGUAUGAUAAACCCAACCGCUGGUCCUACACCUUCCAGAGUUAUGCGUGUCUCAGCAGAGUUCGUUCUCAGCUUCAGGCUCCGUCUCUCAAACUCCAGCAAGCUGAAAACCCCGUUCAGUUCUACGAGAGAUCAGUCUACUCAGACAGGUACGUGUUUGUAGUUCUUCUUCUUCUCUGUGUGUGCAGGUACGUGUUUGCGUCCAGCCUGUUUGAGAGCGGCAGCCUGACGGAGACCGAGUGGAGUGUGUAUCAGGACUAUCACACCUGGCUACUGAACCAGUUUGAACCGGAUAUCGCCCUGGACGCCAUCAUCUACCUCCGCGCUCCGCCACAGCGCUGUAUGCAGCGUCUGAUGCACCGCGGCAGAGAGGAGGAACAGGGCAUCCCUCUGGAGUAUCUCCAACAGCUCCACAGGAAACAUGAAGACUGGCUCAGCGACAGAAAGCUCAGCCUGGACUUUGAGUACCUGAAUGAUCUUCCCGUUCUCAUUCUGGACGUUAACGACGACUUUAAGAACGAUCGCAUCAAACAGGAAGCCAUCAUCGAUGAGGUCCGAGACCUACUCUCCACGCUGUAGACCAAUCACAGCUCGGCUCGUCCCCACGCUGUAGACCAAUCACAGCUCGGCUCGUCCCCACGCUGUAGACCAAUCACAGCUCGGCUCGUCCCCACGCUGUAGACCAAUCACAGCUCGGCUCGUCUGAUUGGACCACCCUGUUACUUUGUAAAUGUUUUUCUUGAUGAAUUUUUGACUGAUUUUAAUGCAGAACUCCAGUUCUCUCUUCCUGUAUAUUUUAUAUUUUUGUAGAUACAAUGUGUGUGUGUGUGUGUGUGUGUGUGUGUGU